AUGUCGCUCCAGUUGACCGUCACAAUCGUCGGCGCGGGCAUUGGCGGCCUAGCCGCUGCCGUCGCACUCCGUCAAGCCGGCCACAAAGUCACGGUCCUCGAAAAGUACCGUCACAAGCACGAAGUCGGCUUCGCAGUCAGUAUAUCGCCCAACGCCAUCAAGGUGCUACGGAGUCUGGGAGUCGACCAAAAGAGUGCUCGUAUGGUACAUUGCACCGAAGACGUGUUCAUACAAGCAGCGCCGGGUCAGCGUCCAUUUCGCGUUCUCCUGCGGUCGUCCUUGGCCCAACUCGAGACGGAGUGUGGAGCACCGUCAAUGACUGCGUACCGGGCAGAUCUGCACAACUGUCUAAGAGAUCUUGCCACCUCCAAAGAUGGUGCCGGCUCUGUCACACUGAAUAACGGGGAAGUGUUAAAGGCAGAUUUCAUAGUCGCGGCAGACGGCGUGAAAUCCACAGCUCACCAAGCCAUCAUGGAAGAUGGUGCAGAGAGGCCCGCGAAACUCAGUGGGAUCAGCAAUGUGCGUGUUUGCGUGCCGACAGAAUCACUCAUGCAAGACGAAGUAUUGAGAGAGUACAUGGAGCUUGCACCCCACGGGACCUCUGUCACACUGGGUGCAAGGCAAGACCAGAUGAUUCUGCGGUACCCGUGUCGGGACAAUCUCCUCCAAAACUUCGGCUUCUACGCCGCUGUCGACGAAGGGCCUGCCAACGAGCAAAAAUGGACGACCCAGUCGUCAAAACAAGUCGCCCGCGACCGGAUGCAGAGCUUCCACCCCGAUCUUCACAAGAUUCUCGACUACUGUGAGGAGGAGGACAUGUAUCUCUGGAGAGUGGCGGACCGCGAUCCCCUGCCCACGUACCACAAGGGCCGUCUGAUCGUCCUCGGCGACGCAGCACACCCUAUGCUUCCCACCCUUGGCAACGGCGCGGGAAUGGCGAUUGAGGAUGCAGGAGCUCUAGGGUUGGCCGUGACAGGAGUCAGAGCUGUGGACGAGGUGGCGGGAAGGUUAGCCCUAUGGAACCGCGUGCGGAUAACGAGGGCGAGCGCUGUCCAGCUAUUGAGUCGGACGACGGGGGUGGGGUAUGACCUCAGCAAGGAGACACAGGCGAUGGUGAGGCAGAUCCUGUCGAAGGAGGAGCUCCCAGACUUUACCAUUGGACCGGCUGAGCGACUCCUCACAGAUUAUUCCCUCAACCCCAAAUCUACCGAUGUCUCGUCUCUUCACAUCCGCACCUCCCAAGGCAAGGAUGCCGCAACGUCAAUCAAACGACAGCCAGAGGCGACGUCCCAAGAAACCGCCGCGCCGACAGCCGCGCCGUUGUACCUCGGUCCACUCAAACAAGCGAUCCUCGUGAUUGCCUUGAUGCUCGCCACGUUCAUAGUUGGCCUUGAUACGAGCAUCAUUGCCACGGCUAUCCCAACCAUCACCAAAGAGUUCCACAGCGUUGACCAGGUUGGCUGGUACGGCUCCGCGUUCUUGAUGUAUCUGGCCAUGUUCCAAGGUGUCUGGAGCAAGGCAUACAAAUUCUUCCCGCAGAAGGUUGUCUUUCUUUCCUGCAUCCUCAUAUUCGAAGUUGGAAGCCUCGUCGUCGCUUUGGCUCCUAACAGCAUCGCCGUCAUUGCUGGGCGUGCGGUCCAGGGUCUCGGGGGCUCGGGCCUCACCUCAGGGAGCUAUAUCAUUGCUGCAUUCAUCGUCCAGCCUUCACGCUUGUCCAUCGUCAUGGGCCUGUUUGGCGCCAUCUGGGCCUGUGUUUCUGUCUUGGGCCCUGUGCUCGGUGGAGUCUUUACCCAGGAUCUUACCUGGAGAUGGUGCUUUUGGAUCAACUUGCCUAUUGGAGGUGCAACAUUUCUCAUCAUUCUCCUUCUCUUCAACACGCCACCGCAGUCUCAAUCGGUCAAGGCUCCGACGUGGAGAGAAUACCAUCGAGAGUUUGACAUUAUGGGAGUUACUCUGGGAUUAGGCGCCUGGCUCUGUUUGCUGCUCGUGCUGCAAGACGGGGGAGUCCGGCACGCCUGGAACUCCAGCUUCUCCAUUGGGUUGCUCGUUGGUUUUGGGCUAUUUGUCAUCGCCUUCGUCGUCGCCGAGUGGACGCAGGGCGACGGAGCCACUAUUCCCAGACGACUCUUGAAGAGUCGCACCAUUGCAGCAUGUGCCAUUUACAGCUUCGUGUCCAACAUGGGCGGCGUCUCCCGAACAUACACUCUUCCCAUCUACUUCCAGGCUGUCCAAGGCGUGUCGCCAUCCGACAGUGGCGUGCGCACGAUUCCCAGCGUGCUAUCAUUCUCACUCGCAACCUUCAGCUGCGCCAUCCUUCUGGGGAAGAUUGGCUACUACCAGCCUUUCCUCUGGGCGGGCGGCAUCUUGAUCACGAUCGGCUCGGGGCUAUACUACACCUUGACACCGAGCUCCUCGGCCGGGCAUUGGAUCGGAUACCAGAUCGUCGCAGGCGUUGGACAGGGCAUCGUCAUCCAGCUUCCCGUCAUGGUCGCGCAGAAGGUCUCGGCGCGACAAGACCUGUCCGUCACUGUGGGUGUCAUGAUGUUUGCACAGUUCGUUGGGGGCGGUUUCGGCGUGUCGACCGGCCAGGCCAUUCUGAACAACCGCCUCCUCGACAGCCUCCCCAAUGGCAACUCGGUCGUCACCCCUGCAAGCGUCCUGGCCGCCGGAGCGACGGGUCUUCGACAGGCAUUCCCCCACCCCCGCGAUCUCGCCGCCGUCGUGGCCUCGUACAUGAUUGGGUUGAGGGACGCGUGGAUCUUCACCACUGUCGUCAGCGGUGUCGCCUUUCUCACUGCCUUCAUGGCGGAAUGGAGGUCGAUCAAUGAGCCUGUGCCGGACGCAAACAUCCCGGUUGAAACGACAACGACAUCCGCGGAAGGAGAGGUCAAGGCUUGA